AGAAGAAUAUAAUCUGUAAAAGUCCAAAUCGAAUCAGAUUGUGCAUGUGAUCACUAACCGGAUAUCAUGUGAUCUAAUUACAGCGGGAAACAGUGUGUUGUGGAAUACACUAGUAACGUGUGCACGUAAUAAAGCCAUUGCAGUCUGAAAUUCCUUCGAGGCAACAAAUUUUUUAGGAGGUUGCGACGUCUUUGUUUUUCCCCAACGACGAAAUAGCGAUAUUUGUCUUCUAUUUUAGUCAUUUCAUAAUCGAACAGAAUCGGGAAACAAUGGGGAAGAGGAGAAAGGCCACAGCUGAACCGGCUCAGACGCGUUCUCGGGCAAAACGAGGUAGAAGUCGAGGCACCCGCCAGACAAAAACGACAGCUGCCUCACACACAACUCGGACGGUAGCUCCACCGGGAGGCGGUAGGCCAACGAGUACAACGGGGAAUGAGCCCGGACAAGCCUCUGUAGCCACUGCAGCGGGAGCAGCGCCAGAACCCAUUGACGUUGAACAGGGUCGUUCAUCCGGCCGUUCACCCAGCCGUUCAGCUAAGAGGCCAGCAGCUUCACAGGGGCCUGUGCUGCAAUUACCAACCACUCAGGGUCAGACUCAGAGUUGUCCCAGCACUGGUAAUAAUACCGCAGAGGGGACUGGAGACUGGAUCUGGAUUGUCGGGGAUAGCCUGGUCAGGAGAGCAAAAGAAAGAGCUUCACAACGCAACUAUCAGCAAUUUGGAGAGCGAGGUAUCGUGGUUCGUUGGCAUGGGCAAGGCGGCGCCACCCUCCAGGAUCUCCCCAGGAUGGUCUCUAACCGGCUGAGAUGUGGCACUCCUCCUGCAUUAGCUAUUGUCCACUUAGGGUCAAAUGACAUCGGACAGUAUGAUGUCUGCUGGUGCAGGAUGGCAAUUGACACAGCCAUCCAAGAUCUACGCGCGAGAAUGCCGCACACCCAUAUCGCCUGGUCUAGUAUUUUACCGCGGCUCUUCUACUAUGGUCGCAAGCAAGGCUCUAAUUCACAGGAGGCCUUGGAUGGAGUACGUAGGUCUCUUAACAAAUACGCUAGGAGGAAACUAGCCAGGAUGUCGGAUACUACCAUCAUCAAACAUGAAUUUGACCCCACGAUCCACAGCCUCUUCAAUAGAGAUGGGGUGCACCUCUCUGAUUCGGGUUCAGACAUUCUCAUUGACAGUUUCAAAACUGCAGCAAGGGAAGCAGGAUUUGUUUAGAUAA